AUGGACCGCACCUCCCACGACGGCGUCGCUUCGUUCUCACUCUCUGCGUCGCCCGUGCGCACGUCCGUUCAUUUUGACUCAAUGUCCAUCGAUGUAAUGGAAACACCUUCGGAGGAGGCAGUGCACCCGACGCGUCCCCCUCCUCCCCCGCUCUCGCCCUCCCACUCAUCUUGCGCCGAAUUGGAGCCCGAGGCCUCUGCUUUCGCUCUGAUGCUGCGGGACGACACACCCGGUCGUCUUUCGGAGCACCUGACCUCGGGCGACGUCCAUCCGCCCGCUUCGCCGACGUCGGCCGUCGUGCCGUUCCAGAAGCUCCAGUUGAAUACGAAUUUGCACGACACGAUGCUGCCCGCUCGCGUUCGAGACAGAGCGCCUCGCUCUCGCACGAGCUCGAGUGGGUCCUAUGCCGGGUCCCUGAGCUCGGGGUCCGAGAGUCCUCGACAAAGGAGAGACGCGGCGUUCUCCGCGACCCAGCAGCUCGCGUCGGAGCUGCUGGGGAUACAGAAUGAGACAAUGGCUACGACAACCACCAGCACAACGUCAACGACAGCGUCGACGUCGACGCUGUCGCAAGAGCUCAUGAAUGUGCUCUUGCGACUUGGCGACCUGACGCAGCACGAGGGAGACAAAGAAGAGCCGCAGCUGUCGGUGCGAUUACGCGAAGGUCAAGUCGAGCUGCUGGCCGCCCCCACCGACGAAGAGCACGUGGACUUUCUCGGCCCUGCUGAGAAUAUCAAAAAGCUGUUUAAACUGCCGUACUCGCAGUCCCGCGUGUCGUUGGCAGUCCAUCGCGUGGGGACGACGCUCGUCGUGGAUGGCGAGCUCGAGGACACGGACGUGCCGGUGGGUCUGUUUGAAGACGGACCGCAGGAUACGCUGCGAUGGGUACAGCACUCGGACGACUCGACGCAGCGGCUGUUGUAUGAGAAGUUCAUCUACGAGAGUACAGUGAACGCGUCGCUGCCAGUGUCUGAGACCACGGAGGCAGUGCAUACCAUGGCGACAGACGAGCAGAAGCCGCGGCAAAGUACGCAGCACCGAGCAGCAAAACAACAGGCCACGAAGCUGAAAAAGACAAAGAAGAACAAGCGAAAGACGGCGGCUUUACACGCAGAAAAAGAGGGACGGAAAAGCGACGAGUGCGUGCCAUCGGCUGGCCAUGAGUCGUCCAACGAAACGUGCAAUGAAGUCCAUACAGAUGGUCAUCUGCAGCACGGAACUACAUCGACAGCUCCUUCAAGCCAACAAGAAUCGCGUCCUUCUUUUAUCUGGACAGGAUCAAACUCUCAUGCGUCGGCAGAGCAGUAUUCGCCGCUGCAUACAGACUCGCAGAUGUUCCAGAGGAUCUUGAAGUGGAAAUUCAACGAUCUCAAGAUGAUUCUCGGCAGUCAAGUUCUGCUGUUCAGCAAUCCAGAACACCCUGCCGUUUCUCUCAAACUGCACGAUAUGGACAAAGAACUAUCGCUCUGCACCGUGCUGGACUAUUACUUGGACAACGUCAUUGCAAACAUUCCGGAGCUGGCAGUAUGCAUGCACUCCAAGGGACUCGUUCGCGGCUACAAGCUCGUUGAAACGCGGCAGAUUCCGUACAUGUCAAGCACAGGGCGGCCCUUGUUUAAUGUCCACGAUGUAAGCAUGAACGCAUCGAUGCUGCUUAAGUUUCUGCAGGAGAAUUGCUCGAGACCCAAUGGCACGUAUUGGCUGCAUCGAAAAGAGGGUGAAUCUUCGUUACGGCUCUAUGAUGUCGACGUGCUCUCACAAGGAAGUCAGCUCAAGUGGAAGUACAUGAUGGCAAUGCUGUGCUAUCGCUUUGCCGCUCGAGCGUCAAGACUUUCGAGCUCAUUAGCAGCAGGAACACCGCAGCUACAACAACAGCUCCAGCAGCGCGAGCGAGAUCUGCUGUGCACGUGCAUGCGUUUGUUGGGCGAGAUUGCUCAAAAAGGUGGAGCAGCUCACGGCCCUAUUUGCUCAUCGGUUAGUGAACAGCUUGCUGAUACGUAUCUUCGGGAGUGCAAUCAAACGCACGCGUUCAGCUCAACGGAGUCGACAUCAGUAGGCUCCGAUCGAGAGGCAGCCGUCAGACUACUAGAGAAGGCGAAACAGUACUUGCUUGCCAGCAUCAAGUUGUUUGAAGAAUGCAGUCCGAAAGAUGGUGGUCCUGCUCUGACACACACCGACGAUGAAGUCGACGCGGCCGCUGCGGUAGAAGGCAAUGGAGAAUUGACACCUGAAGACGCAGACGAGAACGAUGAGAUGGGCAACUUCAUGGAUGAAGAAUUGAAUCGGCUGCAGCUCAAGUUUAGCUCUGCGUGCCUCGAGCUCGGGCGCCUGUACGCUCGCGACCACAAGUGGACCGACGUGGGGAAAUGCAUGGUUGAAGCAGGUCAGUUUCUCACGCUAAGCUCAAUCCCUGAUGACGUGCAGCCUCUUGAUUUGUCUUCACGAGAGCAGGACGCUGUGUUUGACCUCAUGCUUGACAAUCUGGACUUUGACGGCGUUGGAAGAGCGGGACUGUCGCAAGGAAAGAUCAGGAUGUGUGAAUCUGGGACUGAGCUACGCUGCUUCUUACUAGGCCUGAUCGGCGAUAUGGCUGCUCAAAAGCCUGUGGGUGUCUAUGACGGACUGGCUGCCUUGUAUAAUGUUGUCUCUGGUAUCAAACGUGAUCAGCUUCCAAGCCUACGCGAUCAUGCGAACGAGUUCAUCGAGGGUUUCGAGCAAAACGCUGGACCGACAGACGACGAGACGCUUGCAAGUCGUGAGAAGGAUCUACUGAUGCUCUCCUUCUUGGCUUAUUUCCGCGCGUUGUCACCACCGGCAAACUCCGAGCUGUACUUCAUGAUGAUGAAAAAGCUAGGCAAUGCAAGCAACGAGCUUGGUAAGUAUUCCCUUGCCGUGAGGUGCGACUACAAAGAAGCUUUCAGAUGGUUUGAGCGCGGCUGCAAGAUCUUCAGUGAUAUUGAAGAUGGAGUCAACGUAGCGCUGCUUCGAGCCAAUCUUGCUCACCUUCACAAGAUAUUCGCCCAAGGUAAAUCGGCCGAUGACAGGGUGGAGCAUUAUGAAGCUGCGAUCCGACUUUGCACGGAAGCUUUGCAGUUGCUGAAACAAAGCAAAGCAGACAUGGACUUGAACCGAAAAGUGAAAGGGGAAUUGGCCCUGACUUAUCUCGUAUGGGCAGUGGAUCUGGCAAAUAGUGUGUCGAUACUGGGCCCGACUGGAUCUGCUGCAUCGACGAAAGUGCGCGAAAACAAAGCGCUCACGAUAUUUAACAAGGCGUUGUCAUUGUAUGCCGAGCUGGGCGACGAGAAACAAACGGCGUCUACCCAUUACCAGAUCGCUUCAUUCCACAGCCGCAUGAUUUCAAGUACGUUGCAAACUGAGCGAGAAAACAUACGGGCCGACAAAUGCGACGGGUUCUCGCCAACACUUGCGAGUCGCAUGGAAAUCACAAGGAGACAUUACGAGAAGGCCCUCAAUUAUUUUGGCGCUGCGGAAGUUGGCAAGACGUUUGUGUUGAUACAUCAAGAACUGGCGGACUUGCACAUACUCGGUGGUCGGUUCGAAGGCAUUGAGCAUGCCUUGCUGAUACUGCUGAGCACGUACAAGGCGUUUCAUGUCGGCCACAGCAAGAAUCGGAAGCUCGAGGACGACGACAUGGCGCUGCUUGCUUGCAAUGUAGUGGCAAAGGUGAAAGCUGUCUUGCACCAGCUGAUACGACUAUGCUCCAGUGAUCGUCUCACGCUUGUUGGGGCGAAUGGUACAACGUCAAAGAGCAAGAAACUAGACAUGUUCAAGAAGAUGUACAAGGAAAUGAUCUACUACGACGACGCCAGCGCAGACAGUGUCGUUCCGAUUCUAGGCACCUUGCGGGGUAUGUGCAUCCUAUAG